AUGACUCAAGCUUCCAUUGCAAUACAACAUAUUGCUAUUCUCUCGUUCAUACAAGAUCUAAAAGGUGCAUCGCGUGUAUUCAUUCCCGAGCUGUCCACAAAGAGAGUUCCCAACACGUCUUCACAUUGCCUCUUUUGGAUUGAACAUGCUGGAUGGUGGUACCUGUGGCAGCAACAACAAGGCUUUGAUAUCGAAACAAGAACGCU